AAACAAUUCGUGAUAUAAAUCGUCAAUAUGAUGAAAUUGUUUUAACAAAUUGUAUAAUUGAUGAAAGAAUUUUUUUAGAAAAUAAAUUUCAAUUAAAUGACUUAUGUAAUUCAUUAAAUGAAAAUCGAUAUUCAAAAUCUUCUCAAAAUUUAACACCAUUAACAGUAAAUCAACAUAUUACAUCGAAUGAUUAUCAAACAAUUUCUUUUAAUCAAUAUUUAACAUCAAUAUCUCAAGCUAAUCAAUUAAUUAAAUUAUUAUAUUCAAUUAUUCAAUAA